CAACCGACUGCAGUCUACAGCUCUGGGAGGGAGAGGUAGUCACUGCUAUUCUCUGCUCACCCUCUGUUUUAUUAUUAGCUUACUUAAAUCUGGCAGCAGGGCUGUGUUUCUCAGCAGCAGCCGCUCUUUUUUUGUUGUUGCAUUGCGUAACCAAAUAGUUGCACAUUAUUGGGAUCUCAGGUAAAUGUGUGGGAACACAGCAGAGAGACGCGGCUGAUUUGGGAUCGAUACAAAGCUGCUACCGUUAGGUCAGGGAGGACAGGGUGGAUGGCCCUUUUAAUUUAAAUCCACACCGUGCUCCGUUUUCGCGUCCCCGAUGUUCAGGACGGCCAAUUACCCGACGGUGGAUCCUGCGCCCACCAUCAUGCACGGCACUUGGUUUACCACGGGGUGCCGAGAAACGCCCGUAGCGGUGGAGAAACCGAAGAAAAAGGCGUUCAGCCUGGUCAAAAUCAUGUCUCUCAGCAACAAGAAAGGGCACGACCACCAUCCGCACCACAACAAUAACAUGCCCUUUACGAUCCACUGUCACAUCGGGAAAGAGAUCAAGCACAUCUGCAGCAAUUGCAGUCGCGGGAACGAUACACAGGACGCUGAGGAAGGAGAGAGGCUGGCCGCUAUGCGUUCUGAGUCCCUGCUCUCCGGCACUCACACUCCCCCCAUUCGUCACCGGAGCAAAUUUGCCACUCUGGGACGCCUCCUCAAGCCAUGGAAAUGGAGGAAGAAGAAGAGUGAGAAGUUCAAGCAGACCUCAGCUGCUUUGGAAAGGAAGAUGUCGAUGCGACAGAGCAGAGAUGAGCUGAUCAAGAGAGGAGUGCUUAAAGAGAUCUUUGAAAAAGCAACCUUUGAGUUCCGAUCCUCGAUGGAUGGUGGAGUCUGUACUCAGGAGCCUUCUAUUAAGUCAUCUAUGGUCCUGCCCAUCAAGAAAUCUGUCACCUACUCAGGGGACCAUCAGGAUAUCCCCGCCAAGCCGCCGCAUUACCACAAACAGCCUCCUGCUCUCCCUCCAAAACCUUUCUCUAGGAUCCCAAACCAUAGCACAGAUUCUUGCCAGCCGAUGAAGUUGCCCUGUAUGCCUGGGGGGAAGCACUCUCCACCUCUGCCUCCCAAGAAAGUGAUGAUUUGUGUGCCUCCAGGGGGGCUGGACUCCCCUUCUCCAUCCCCCAAUUCCCUCUGCUCCCUCUCCCAAAAAUGCGGCCCUCCCCAGGGCAUGCCCCCAUAUCACGGCACGUUGCUGCCCUCCCACCUCGCCGCUCUAUCCAGUCUUCACCAGAGCCACGGUCACCCGUUUCAACUUCAGUACGGCAGCUUGCAUGCGCCCAGCCGCAUCAUUGAGGAGCUCAAUAAAACCCUGGCGCUCUCCAUGCAAAGGUUUGAAAGCUCUGCAUUGCAUGGCAUCGGUCAGUGUGUCCCCCUGGACAGGAGAGAAGUGCCAUCUGUGAUCAUCGACUACGAGGAUGAAAAGGAGAACAUGCCCAACGAGUCCGACUAUGAAGAUCUGCCCAGUAUGUAUAAGGACGAGGACGAUGAUGUGGAUGAUGACGAGGACGACGAUGAAGAUGACAUAUUAACAAGUUCUCUGGCUCAGAAGGUGCUGAGGAAAGACUCUCUGGCCAUCAAGCUGAGUAACCGUCCAUCCAAAAGAGAGCUGGAGGAGAAAAACAUCCUGCCCAUGCAGACAGACGAGGAGAGACUGGAGUCUAGGCAGCAGAUAGGCACCAAACUCACAAGGCGCUUGAGUCAGAGACCCACAGCGGAGGAGCUGGAACAGAGAAACAUCCUCAAACCUCGCAAUGAGCAAGAGGAGAUUGAGGAGAAGAGGGAGAUAAAACGAAGGCUGUCACGAAAGCUGAGCCAGAGACCCACUGUAGAGGAGCUGAGACAGGCCAAAAUUCUCAUCCGAUUCAGUGACUACGUGGAGGUGUCAGAUGCCCAAGACUACGACAGGCGGGCUGAUAAGCCCUGGACCCGGCUCACAGCAGCUGACAAGGCAGCUAUACGGAAGGAACUCAAUGAUUUCAAGAGCAAUGAGAUGGAAGUGCAUGAGUCAAGUCGCCAUUUAACCAGGUUUCACAGACCAUAGUAGACCACCACUGUCUUGAGCAGUGCCGGACCGGCGCUCUCCUCCACUGAGAACCUUAAGUGCUGGACAGUAAAAUGGUGCCAGUUUAUACAAUAAGGCCAUGUCUUCUGAAAUGCCUUUUCAAGACCCACACAACUGAGUCGGUACUACGCUUCAAGACGCAGACCCCCACUACUCCAUCCACUGUAGUAGCACAUAAGGACUCCAGUUGAUUUACUUCGCCCCUCUAUGGAAUUUGCUUGACUGUCUCUUCAACCUCCCUGCUGAGCUCUCAGGCGGGUUAUAUUUUGUGUGUUUUUUUGCAAUUGAUUGACACUUUCAACAUCUGAGGGCAACCGUACCUUGGUUCCUCAAUAACACCAGUGGACUUGUCUGAGUGGACAUGUUUUUCUCCUUCUUCAUUAGUACAGUGUCACUCUGGACUCCGUCAAGCCCUCAUGGACAACUCUGUGUGAAGAUGCCGAGUUGCUUGUUUUGAGCUCCCCACAUCAGCAGGAGAUCAAUCUUUACUGCACCUUCUGGGGCUUUGGAAACGGCUUAGAAAGACAAACAGGGGGGAGGGAAGGGUGCAACAUUAGAAUCAUGUGCAAUAUUUUUUUUCUUCUGCUUCUCCUAGGCUAUAGCACCCCCUAGAGUCUCUUCUGUGUCAUUACUUUGUUGUCCUGUCUUUUGUUCUUCCCUCUUACGUGCAAUUCUUACUGUACCGGCCAUGUUGACAUCUAAUUGCUAACUGUGAAUUUGAGAGUUUGGGCAAUGCCCACACUCUCCCCAAAUGUACAUUUUGUUCAUAAUGAAACACGAAAGUUACAUUUAAAGAAGAACCAUGCUUGACCAAGUUUCAUUCAUGUCACAAUCUUAGAAAUGUAAUGUAAAAAAAAUGCAGCUGGCAGAUAUAUUCUGGUUCCAGUAUGUGCAACGAUUAUCUAUUUUAUAAUGUUUUGUUAGUUUUUACUUGUUUUUGAUAGAGGCACUUAGAUCAUGAAUGAUUCAUGUACAUGUUUUUACAUGUCCCGGCUCUGAAACGGAAUACCAAGAGCUGCCUCACCACGUCAUUUUUGUUCUGUUUGGAGCGGUGUGUUUUAAAAUCUUUGCUCAUAACGUGUGCAUUGUAUUAUACACUUUACUUUUCUACUUAUGUCAUUAGAAGCUUUUGACUAAGCAAUAUCCGUUGUUUGUAGAGAAAGGUUAAACUACAGGUGUAACUCCCACGUUUUUUUUUACUGUGCUUACACAUUACGGCUCACUUCAGGGUUUUCAUUUUCUUUUAUACUUUACUUUAGGAAGGCUUAAUUCAGGAGGACUUUUCUGCAUUUUUCUUGACUGAGCCACCAAAAACAUCUGCCUCUUUUAACAGCUUACCAACACAGUCUCAAAUCUACAACUGAACACAAUGAUGCACUCUCGAUUUUGAAACACGAGUACAGGUAUAAGUGAAUUCAUUGAGUCAGGAAUUUAAAAUGUUUAUUGCUAAAGUUAUUUGCACUGUUAAGAGUUUGGCUUUACAAUGGUCCCUGUUUUAAGGUCAGGGCCCAAAUGUGUUAACAUUUGUUUGAUAUCUGAUUGGUGACCAUUUUGUCUUUUCACUUUAAUGGUCUUGUUACCUGAUCACUGAUCCCACACCAGUAUUCCAAUGCUCAUAAGCUUUAUGUACACAAAAUAUUUGUAUUUUUUUUUACUGUAUUACUUUUAAAGUUGCAAUAUGAAAUUCUUGUUUGUCAGAUAAAGUAAAGUAGUAGAGGUAACUGGAUGUUGGCCGCCUACUAAAAUACCUCUGUCUGCAAAGUUCACCCUUUUUUUUUUUUCAAGGUCUCGCUCAGUGAUGGAUAGAUGACCCAAUAAAACCUGGGCACAUAGAAAAUUUGUUUUGCACUUUAUGGAUUUUAUGUGAAAUAAAAGUUUUUUUUGGUAGUUUAGAGCGGUUUAUCCUCAGAAUCUGUACACAGGUCAUUUUCAUAUCACAAUGUUUCUUUUUUUUUAAAAUUUCAUUGGGUCAUCUAAUCUCAGAGACUUUGAAAUAUGAGGUACUUCUUGUGUUAGAACCAGCUUCUUUAUGAUUCCAGCAUCAAGCCAUUAUUUGGAAAUGUCCAUCCAUAGGUUCAGUACAAUAGAGCAUAAUUAGGAAAGACUUCACACAAAUACGCUCCAGUUCUCAUUUCAGCUCUAAGAAACAAACCUGAGCCACUGGGCUGAGCAUGCGGUUUUCCUUUAAGCUGGAAUCAAGGAACAUGAAUUCAGCAAUAAUCUGUUUCCUUUUACAUGUUGGUAGAGCAUCUGAACGAAUUUGAAAGUGUUCCUUUUUUUUCAUUUUUUAAAUACAGAAUACCAUGUAAAGGAUACGUCAUGCCAAUUAAAUUCCAUUUCUGAAUGCA